AUGAUCGAUAAGAUUAGAAUUAACGACAUUAUUCGGAGAAUUGUGAAUACAGUCGGCGAUAACUAUGUUUAUAUCAGCAUUGACAUCGAUGUGCUCGACCCCGCCUUCACACCUGCGACCGGAACCAUUGAACCUGGGGGUUGGACGAGACGGGAGCUUCUCCGUAUUUUAUAUGGUCUAUCGCAAGCUGGCCUGCCUAUUAUUGGCGUGGAUGUUGUAGAGUUUGCCCCUAUGUACGACAAUAAGGCAGAGACGACGGUAAUUACGGUGACUCAGAUCAUCUAUGAGCUUCUUCGGUGGAUGGUUCAUGUUCCUGUGAAAGCAUAG